AUGGCGAUAAAAAGAGUUGAUCUGGAUCAGGACGCCUUCUCUUGUUCGAUCUGUUUGGAUCUACUGAAGGAUCCGGGGACUAUUUCCUGUGGACACAGCUACUGCAUGAACUGUAUUAAGAGUCACUGGGACAUGGAGGAUGUGAAGAAAAUCUACAGCUGCCCUCAGUGCAGACAGACUUUCACAGCGAGGCCUGUCCUGGUGAAAAACACCAUGUUAGCAGAUUUAGUGGAGGAGCUGAAGAAGACUGGACUCCAAGCUGCUCCUGCUGAUCACUGCUAUGCUGGACCUGAAGACGUGGCCUGUGAUGUCUGCACUGGGAGAAAAAUGAAAGCAGUGAAGUUCUGUUUGGUGUGUUUGGUUUCUUACUGUGAGAAACACCUUCAGCCUCAUUAUGAUUCACCUACAUUCAAGAAACACAAGCUGGUGGAGCCCUCCAAGAAGCUCCAAGAGAACAUCUGCUCUCGUCAUGAUGAGGUGAUGAAGAUGUUCUGCCGUACUGAUCAGCAGAGUAUCUGUUAUCUCUGCCCUGUGGAUGAACAUAAAGGCCACGACACAGUCUCAGCUGCAGCAGAAAGGACUGAGAGGCAGAGAGAGCUGGAGGUGAGUCGACAAAACAUCCAGCAGAGAAUCCAGGACAGAGAGAAAGAUGUGAAGCUGCUUCAACAGGAGGUGGAGGCCAUCAAUCCGUCUGCUGAUCAAACAGUGGAGCACAGUGAGAAGAGCUUCACUGAGCUGAUCCAUCUCAUCCAGAAAAGAAGCUCUGAUGUGAAGCAGCAGAUCAGAUCCCAGCAGGAAACUGAAGUGAGUCGAGUCAAAGAGCUUGAGGAGAAGCUGGAGCAGGAGAUCACUGAGCUGAAGAGGAAAGAUGCUGAGCUGAAGCAGCUCUCACACACAGAGGAUCACAUCCAG